UUAUUAUCAGUAUACUGCAUUUACGUGCGUCAUUAGUCGUAUACGCAUGUCUUUCUAGAUAGAUUUCGAGAUAAUGAGCCAUUACAACGACUGAUACAAUGCUCAGUCAUUACUAAUAUGUCAUGGCUUUUCUCCGCAUUACAACUCCCCGAUUUUCAUGACCAGGCAAGUCAUCCGUAUCCCCGAUGACAGUGAUCCAGACAGACCCAAUGGCUUAAAAUUUACAUCCCCCCUCAAAACACCUCUCACCCUCCCUCACCUUUACCCCAAAAGUCCGAGUGAAGAUGAAAAUAGUAUGAUCCUUUCCAUUAUAAGAAAAGCUGACUUCUUCCCAACCAACAAUCGUGAACUCAAGCUCCAGCUCCAGCUCCAAGCUCCAAGCAUAAUAUCAUAUGCAGGAAAAAGAGAACGAAUCCGCUCAGCGCGCACACCCACAAGGCAAAAAGAGCAGCACACACAAGCCUCAUUUUCCUUCUUUUUAAUGAUUGGAAUCAUCCAUUUCAGAGAACUGGGUAAUACAAUAUUCCCACAGACACACACACUCAAUUCAUCAACACAUAUAUUUGAAAGUUGGCAAGGCAACGAAGAUGAUAUCAAUUCCUCAAAUAAUUCAAGCUGGUAAAGGUAUUUUUUAAAUUUACUCAACGUUGCUCUCGAAGUUCUCGCCCUCGACGAGAUCGGGGAUAUCAUCCUCCUCAUCGUCCUUCUUGCCGUCAGCGCCGGCCUGGUUCUUCUGCAUGUUCUGGUAGCUCUCGGCGAGCUUGCGGAGGGAAGCAAGGCUGUCGGGGCCAAGCUGGUUCAGGAUACCGGGGACGAGCUCGGUGAGCUCCUUCUCCUCGCCGUUGCCGUAGA